GGUGCCACAUCUCGACUAAGGCCAGAGCUCACGAGGUGUGUCGUAUAAUCGCAACGAGAUCUGCAGCUCGCACCGGCUUCUGCUUCUUUCUUCUGGUAAAUAAAUAGUGGUGCAGCUCGUGAUGGCAGACGUUCCACUCCCAAGCACCAACACGGUCUGGAAGAGCGUCAAGCCCUUUCUCAAUGGUGGACUCAGUGGCAUGCUCGCCACCUGCGUCAUUCAGCCAAUCGACAUGGUCAAAGUCCGCAUCCAGCUGGGCGCACAGGGCUCCCCGCUGACGGUGGCGAGCAACAUCAUUAAGGACGGCGGAGUGGGCGGCCUGUACAAGGGACUGUCCGCGGGGCUGCUCAGGCAAGCAACCUACACCACAGCGCGCCUGGGAAUCUUCCAGGGCCUGUCUGACUACCUCAAAAAGGCCAACGAGGGGAAGCCGCUCCCGCUCUGGCAGAAGGCUGCUGCGGGGCUGACGGCUGGUGGGCUGGGUGCGCUGGUGGGCUCACCCGCGGACCUGACCCUCAUCCGCAUGCAGGCAGAUGCCACGCUACCCCUGGCAAGCCGCAGGAACUACAAGGGCGUCGGCGACGCCAUGGUGAGGAUUGUGAAGGAGGAUGGAGCGGUGGGCCUGUUCAGGGGAGCCGGCCCCACAGUCGUGCGUGCCAUGGCCCUCAACAUGGGCAUGCUUGCCUCAAACGACCAGGCAAAGGAGAUGCUGGAAGCGGCCGGCUUUGAGAAGAACGGCCAGGCGGUGGUUUUGGGCGGCGCCACAAUCGCGGGUUUCUUCGCGGCGGCAUGCUCGCUGCCGUUUGAUUUUGUCAAGACGCGCAUUCAGAAGAUGGAGCCUCUGCCCGAUGGCACCUUCCCCUACAAGAGCCCCAUCGACUGCGCCAUGAAGACCUUCACCCACGAGGGGCCCCUCAAGUUCUACACUGGCUUCCCCACCUACUGCGUCAGGAUUGCUCCCCAUGUGGCCAUCACGCUUGUGAUGCUGGAGGCGAUCAAGUCCUACCAGGCCAAGAUUGGCUUGUGAUCAGGCUUGCUGCAGAUUGACGCUGCCACAUUCCUGGGCUAUCCAUAUAUCUGAGGCAGCCGCGGCGCGGCAUUGCCACAGAGGGAGUUGGCCCAGAGUGCGGAGGGCAGUAGCAGCAGCAGCUGUGGCCUUUUCACGCAGAUUGGGUUGGGGAGUGCGGUUCGGAUGUGAAUUUGCAAUGUGCAACUGGACAUGCCAUAAAGUUUUCAGGCACAUGUCUGGGCGUCUUUGUGGGCUUUCUCCUGCAAGUAAGAAAAACACUGCACCAAGCAGGGAGCAAAUAUUCUUCCUCUGCGCUUGCUUGGGUCAAUUUGUUCCCAAUUCUUUGCAAGGGCAGUGAAGAGUAUUAGCAUGUCCUAACUGCAAUGUGUCUCCUCCGGGAGUCAUAUUGGGCGCCAGCAUGCGCUUUCAAGCAAGUGUGCAGGCACUGAAUAAGCUACUAGAUUGGUCGAAGAGUCCCCAUUUGUUCGGCCAGCGUUGUGAAAUGAUCAGCUAGGGUGAUACAAGCAGCACUGGCAUUGCAAUUGUUUUAAUUUGUGUACUCUGCUGUAGGCGCGGGGCAUUAGAAAUUUGUCACAGCGCUUUCAAGUGUGAUUGUUGGCAAUAUUCUUUAUGAUGAGGCUAGCUUAAGGACCUCGGAAGUUCCAUUGUAAUCGCAAGUGACUUGGUAA